AAAAAGAACAACGUUCUGUUGGUCACACGGAUGCAACAUUUUGCGACAUUGCUUUUCAUUUUCGGUCUCAAACCCCGGUAAUCAGUGAAAGAGGGAACACCUGUGAACAUGCCGAGGUACAGGAAGGAGCUGCAGGCGCAGGCGUUCACUGUGAAGGCCACGAUGAAGAACUCCGUGGUGGCGGCUCCUCCGUCUGCGGGGGCUUUCCGGGAACGGCCUACCAAACCAACCACCUUUCGCAAAUUCUAUGAGCGUGGAGACUUUCCAAUGGCACUGCAGCACAGUUCUAAGGGAAACCGCAUUGCUUGGAAGGUGGAGAUCGAGAAGCUGGAUUACCACCACUACCUGCCUCUGUUCUUCGACGGCUUGUGUGAGACCGUUCACCCGUACGAGUUCUUCGCCCGCCAGGGAAUCCAUGACAUGCUGGAGCAUGGAGGCCCCAAGAUCCAGCCUGUCAUUCCUCAGCUCAUCAUCCCCAUCAAGAACGCCCUGAACACGAGGAACCGCCAUGUGAUCUGCAACACCCUGAAAAUCCUGCAGCACCUCGUGAUGUCCGGAGACAUGGUGGGAGAGGCUCUGGUGCCGUACUACAAGCAGAUCCUCCUCAUUCUCAACAUGUACAAGAACAUGAACAUCAACUCAGGAGACGGCAUUGUCUACAGCCAGCAGAAGAGAGAAAACGUUGGUGACCUGAUCCAGGAGACUCUGGAGAUGUUUGAGCGCUAUGGAGGGGAGGAUGCCUUCAUAUACAUCAAAUACAUGGUGCCCACCUACGAAUCCUGCAUGAUCACAUGAAGGCGGGGUUUAAGCCCCAAACACCUCUGUUUUGCUCCACCCCCCCACAGCUUAUACCUACACUUAUACCCCCACACCACCUUUGUACAAUAACUCCAUUAAUAAAUUGUUAACCGCAGGA